GAUACGGCUGAGCUGUUUCCAGGUACACACGGGGGAUGCACCGUGUACAGAGUAAACGGUUACCCGGUGCGUUGCCUUUGCUUUGAAGUUGGCGACUCUUUCGAAGAGCUCGCUGAGUUGGUCGGCGGUAUCUGCGUCAAAAUGCAAACGGUCAAUCUACCGUUCAACCUCUUGAUCGCCGACCAUGGCGCGCGCGUCUUCUUGAUUCCGCAAAUGUUCUCCAUUCGCAUCGCAAGUGAUAAAAUUCCAGAGUAUAUCGUUUCGACGGGUGUCAAUCCAGCGGUGUUUGAAAUCUCUGGACACCUACUUUACAAGCAACAGGCGGACUACGACGAGUGCACUCAGGCGAGCGCAGAAGCACUCCUAGCGAGCGCUUCGCUGACGGAGGAACAGUUCGUCAAGUUGAUUGAUUACACUGUCGGUGAACACAAAACAAGUGAAAACUCGGCCGAGGUCCUCUCAUCGAUUCCCGAGUCGGAACUUUGA